CCGUCUGACCAGGCAGUCGCUCGCGUUUGAGUACCGAGCCUGUUCAAAGCCCGGGCAUAAAGAGCCACCCGGUGCCUUCUCUGGCAACUCAUGACCACUUCGCGGGCAAUUUAUUACCGAAUGUAGUGCACGCGGUCGGACUGACAGAGAGACAGGAGAGGGGCUGCCGCGCGUGGCUGAAAUCGUACUUUUUUAUACAAUAUAAUGAAACAACGGUAUUCACUGGGUUGAGGACAGCGUUCCAGCAUAAGAACCGAAGAAAAACAAGGACACACAGCGGAGGCUCAACCUCGCUGCGACCAGGGAGGCCGGGCCCUCGUUCCCUCUGAGCAGAAGAGCGCCCCCUGGCGAUGUCUCGGCAGCACAACCGCUUUGAGCGGGACUUCCGCGGCGGGUGGGAGAGGCGGGAGCGCUGUGCGUUGCUGGGCAACACGCUGAACAGCAGCUGCAGCGCCGCGGCAACCGCCAGCGGCGGCGGCGGCCUCAACGGCCACGCCCUCCCCAGCAGCAACAACCGGCCUGGGCUCCUCCCCCUGCCCGUCAUCCCCUCCCUGCUGCCCACGCCCAUCACCGUCGCCGUCACCACCUCCACCAAUGAGCUGGCCUGCAAACGCAUGGGGGGCGUGUCCAACGCACCCGCGCCAAAGGUGUCAGGGCUGUCUCCAGGUGAGGGCCAGGGUCAGCCCCAGGGCCAGGUGCUCGCUGGUGGGGUGCGUUGGGGUCAGACACCCAUAAAUCAGUCCACCCCCUGGGAGACGGACGAACCUCCAGGGAAACAGCGCCGUGACAAUGACAGCACAGGUCCGCCCUGGGUUCCCCCGGUUGUGGCAGUGAGCCAGGCCAGUCUCUUGGCGCACUCGUAUGGCUUGGCCCCGCCCCCAGCGUACACCCCGGGAGUGACCGCCCAAUCGCCCGCCAUGGGCGUGACCCCCGCCAUCCCGACGGCCGUCCCAUCCCACCACCCGCUCAUGACCGCCCACUUCCAGCUGCCCCCGCCCCCCCAGGCCCUUCUGCCAAACCACCCCCCCCUCACCCCCGUCUGCAGGGUCACGCACCCCGCCGUGGGCAACGGUCACAUGACCCACCCCGCCAUGCAGCCGCCCGCCGCCCCGCACGCCAACGUCCCUCUGACCAAUGGCCAGGCGGCUCCCCAGGCCCCGCCCAUCCCCCCAGCCAAUCAGGAGAGCCCCAACGGGCUGCAGAUGCUGCGGACCAUCGGCAUGGGGAAGUACGAGUUCACAGACCCCUGGCACCCCAAAGAGAUGUUGAAGGAGCUGAACCAGCAGCGCAGAGAGAGAGAGUUUACAGACCUGAGAAUAACUGUAGAAGGCAGAGAGUUUGAAGUCCACCAAAAUGUUCUAGCUUCCUGCAGCUUGUAUUUCAAGGACCUGGUGAAAAGGUCGUCGGGGGAGAAGCGCGGCGGGGACAAGCUGGAGCUCUCCAUGAGCAACAUCGACGCCGACGUGCUGGAGCUGCUGCUGGAGUUCGUGUACACGGGCUCGCUGGUCAUCGACGCCGCCAACGCCAAGACGCUGCUGGAGGCCGCCAACAAGUUCCAGUUCAACACCUUCUGCAAGGUCUGCGUGUCCUUCUUAGAGAAGCAGCUGACUGCGGGGAACUGCCUGGGGGUGCUGGGCAUGGCGGAGGCGAUGCAGUGCAGGGAGCUGUACAGCAUGGCCAAGGCCUUCGCCCUGCAGAACUUCCCCGACGUGGCCGGCCAGGACGAGAUCCUCAGCGUGUCCAAGGACGACCUGGUCGGCUACCUGUCCAACGACAGCCUCAACACCAAGGCCGAGGAGCUGGUGUACGAGACCGUCCUGCGCUGGAUCAAGAAGGACCCUGCCAGCAGAGUGCAGCAUGUGUCUGAGCUGUUAGCGGUGGUGCGGCUCCCGUUCAUCCACCCCAGUUACCUGCUGAACGUGGUGGAUAACGAGGAGCUGAUCAAGUCCUGUGAGACCUGCAGGGACCUGGUCAACGAGGCCAAGCGCUACCACAUGCUGCCCCACGCCCGGCAGGACAUGCAGACGCCUCGAACCCGGCCCCGCCUGUCUGCAGGUGUGGCGGAGGUGAUCGUGCUGGUGGGGGGGCGGCAGGUGAUGGGGCUGAGCCAGCGCCCCCUGACAGCCGUCACCUGCUUCAACCCCCAGAGCAGCAAGUGGUACCCGCUGGCCAGCCUGCCCUUCUACGACCGCGAGUUCUUCAGCGCGGUCUCCGCCGGCGACAACAUCUACCUGUCAGGGGGGAUGGAGGCGGGGGUCACAGUGGCCGAUGUCUGGUGUUACAUGUCUCUUCUGGAUAACUGGAACCUGGUGUCGCGCAUGACCAUCCCCCGCUGCCGUCACAACAGCCUGGUGCAUGAUGGGAAGCUCUACACCAUCGGGGGUCUGGGCGUGUCCGGCAACCUCGACCACGUGGAGCGGUACGACACCAUCACCAACCAAUGGGAGACGGUGUCUCCGCUGCCCAAGCCGGUGCACUCCGCGGCCGCCACCGUGUGCGGCGGGAAGGUGUACGUGUUUGGGGGGGUGAACGAGGCGGGCCGGUCCGCCGGGGUCCUGCAGUCCUACGUCCCGCAGACCAACACCUGGAGCUUCAUCGAGUCGCCCAUGAUAGAUAAUAAGUAUGCUCCCGCGGUCACUCUGAACGGAUUCAUCUUCAUCCUGGGGGGAGCCUACGCUCGAGCCACCACCAUCUACGACCCCGAGAAGGGCAACAUCAAGGCCGGGCCCAACAUGAACCACUCCAGGCAGUUCUGCAGCGCGGUGAUCCUGGACGGGAAGAUCUACGCCACGGGCGGGGUGGUGAGCAGCGAGGGGCCGGCGCUAGGCAACAUGGAGACCUUUGACCCCAGCACCAACGCGUGGACUCUGCUGCAGGGCAUGCCCUGCCCGCUGUUCCGCCACGGCUGCGUCGCCAUAAAGAAGUACAUCCAGAGCGGCUGACUCCGCCCCCCGCGGCCCGCGAUUGGUCGCUCGGACGCGCACGCCCACAGUGAAGCCACUGCCUCCCUCCUCCCCCGUCGGUCCGUGAGGAAUGUAGACGCUAACCUUCGCCGUCCGGUGAACCCAGGACCCAGUGCCUCCGCUAUGUAACGUAGUGUAACACAUCGCACCUUAGGGCAGCGCCACUAGGUGGCACUAGUGCAAAACUAGCUUGUCGGUUUGAGACAGACGUGGUCUUUUUUUUUUUCCCCUCUCUUUUUUCUCCAGCCGUAACUGACAGCAGUUUUUCUCCCCCAUUUUGUCAUGUUUGUCACUAAGGAGCGUUGGCAAUUAGAUCACACCUCCAUCUUGUUCUUCUUUUCCUUUCCAUCUGUGAAGUACAAAUUAGCUGUCAGUUUUAAACCACGGCGACGGCGGACGGCUCUAUUUUGGGUUUCUGUUGUACUUUUUUCUUUUUUUUUUUAAGUCACUGCCAGGUUUGAGUCGUCGUUUGAGCUGUCAGUUUCCCGCCUCGACUGGCACAGAAGAGGAAGAACGCGCG